AUGCUUGGACACUUGGAUGUCGUGGAAGCGAUCCUAGCUCGGAAGGCUGAGUUGGCAAGAGAGCAAGAUUAUCAAAGUUCAACCCCUCUCCAUCUUGCGGCAGCAAAAGGUUACCUUGACAUAGUGGAAAGCUUGGUAAGAGUCAGCCCUGAAACUCGUUUUGUCCAUGACAAAUACAAAAGAAACCCUCUUCAUGUCACGGUUAUGAAAGGGCGUGUCGAUGUGUUGGAAUGCUUGGUUCAAGCGACACAUGAUGUUUAUGAAAGAUAUCAGUUCAUCAACUCAAGGGACGAAGAUGGCAAUACGAUUUUGCAUUUGGCUGCUUCAAAUGGACAAAUCGAGAUAAACCGAUGCAAAAAACAUGGUUACCGAAGCAAGAGGGAAGAGAAGAGAAAGUGGCAAAACGAUAUGCAUAAGAUGCUAAUGGUGGCGGCGGCAUUGGUAGCUAUUAUAGCUUACGAAGCUGGUAGGGAACCACCAAAGGCACCACCAAAGGCACCUCCGGACAUGGAAUGGCUUUACAAGGUGUUCAUGGCAUUUAACACGAUAAGCUUCAUGGCAUCGCUUAGCACCAUUAUGCUUCUCAUAUGUGAUCUUCCCUUAAAGCAGCGUCGGAUCACCAUGUGGAUUGCAAUGCUAAGUGUGUGGGUUGCGAUAACCUUCACGGCGUUGAGUUAUUCAAUCCUCAUGGUACAAGUGUUAUGGGCGACCGAUCCGCUCGUCAAGGGGAGGGAAGGAGUUGGGAGCUGGUGUUGGAGCAAACGAGGAGAAGAAUGGCUCCAGGUCAAAGAAGCUCUUGCGAAACGAGCGGACUCUGAGCAGACAUGGAGAAGGUCAUAA